GGCUGUAGUUGUCACCUGCUUGGACGAAGUGUACCUGGCAUCCGCCGCCCUUUCAUAGAUCAAGCGCGCUUGCUCUAUUCCCAUUACCGGUCGUGGCCAAUCGCAGACAGCUCUAUUUCUGAGUCGACCGUCGAUGGCGCGCUGGCUGACGCUCGAAGACGCGAAAGCGUCGUUCAACCUCUUUUGCUGCGUCUACGGCAUCGGCACCUUGGGCAUGCCCGGCAACUUUGCCCGCGCCGGGCCGACCUACGGUGCGCUCGCGCUCGCUUUCAUGGGCCUCGCCAACGUCUACGCCUCGGUCGUCUGCAGCAAGGUCAUGCUCCGCGCGCCAGCGUCCGUGCAGACGUUUGCCGACCUCGGCGGCUGGGCGCUGGGCCGCCACGGGCGACUUGCGGUCAUUGCCUCGCAGCUCGGCGUGUGUCUCUUUGUACCGUGCGCCUUCCUCGUCCUCGGCGGCUCGCUCCUCGACACGGUCAUCCCGGACGCGUUCUCGCCGCGGCACUGGACGAUCCUCAUGGCGAUUUCGAUCCUCCCGAUCUGCCUCGUGCCGACGCUCAAGGAAGGCGCGGGGGCCGCGCUUGCCGGCUGCAUUGGUACGAUCGUCGCCGAUUUUCUGGCCCUCGGCGUGCUUGUCUACUACUUGGGCGCAGACACCGGGGCACCAAUUCCACCGCCCGACAUUACAUUUGACAGUAUUGCGUCGACGUUUGGGAACCUCGCGCUCGCGUACGGCGCGGCGAUCGUGAUUCCGGACCUCCAGCGCCAGCACUCGGACCCGACCCGCAUGCCCCGGGUUGUCCUCUUCACCUUGCUCUUGGUGACAUUGCUCUUUGUAACGAUUGCCAUCACGGGCUAUUCCAUGGUCGGGUGCCAAAUUCCUGGCAACCUCCUCUUUGCCGUCUCGGGCACGGCGCUGGGCUUUCAAUCGCCCAGGGGUCCUAUCGUCCUCGCCUUCCUCGCCAUGCAGCUGCACAUUACGAUCGGGUUUUCCGUGCUUUUGCACCCCGCCUUUUACUACGCCGAGCGGUCUGUCCUCGGGCUGCAUGCGCCGCGCCGCACGCGACUCCUCCAUGGCGACGAGGAGAGUGCGACCGACGAUGCCACGAGCGACGAGGCCAGCGACGCGACGCCGUCCGAGUGUGCGCAAGACGCUGCACUCGUACAUGCACCGCGCGCCAGUGACGUCGACGACAACGACGACGACAACGAGGCACUGGGCAAGACACUGGAUGGCGAUGACGACGACCCGCGGUUUGCAGCGUGCUGCAUGCUGCGGUCAGCGAUCGUGGCCGGCCUCACGCUGGCGUCGGUCGUCUUGCACGACCAUUUCCACGAGCUCGUCGACUUGGUCGGCGCGUCGUCCGUGUCGCUGAGCUGCAUCAUCUUGCCGAUCUUGAGCUACGUGGCGGUCUUUGGCGAGAAAGUUCCGUGGUACGAGCGCGUGUACUGCUACAUCGUCGUCGUUGUCUGCGGCGUGCUCAGCCUCUACGUCACAAUCAAGAGCGCAAGCAGCAUGCUGUGGCCGGCCGCGACCGACAUUGUGUUUCCGUUCUGCCCCGCCGAGUACCAGCACGUGGCGUACACGAACAUGACGCACUACAAGCCUACGACCUAAGUACACUACAAGAGACGAGACUGCACCAGCGUCCGUCGAGACGAGGCGCCACUUGAUACUUACUUGAUUUCACUUGAAAGAAUACUGCAAUGCACUUAAAGCAAUAUUGUU